ACAGCGUUUAUUUCUGCAUGGAAACGGGAAAAGACCAAUCAAAAAUAAGGAUACUAGCAUGUGAAGCGGCUACCUAGAAGAGCCUAGUUGCUACAGCAUCGUCCUCAUUAUCUUACCAGGCAAGAAAGAUGGAGGAAAUAGAAGAAUCUCCUCCUGUUUCUGAAGACCUGCUGCCCUGCAAAAUAUGUGGAAGAAGUUUUUUUUCAAAGGUUCUUAAAAAACAUGUGCUGAUCUGCCAGAAGGCCGCUGCAAAGAAAAGAAAGGUGUUUGACUCCAGCAGGCAAAGGGCAGAGGGGACUGAUAUUCCUACAGUCAAACCCAUAAAACCAAAGUUACAAAGUUCUUCCAGCAGCUCUAAGUCUAAUAAACCUGAACCCCCGAAGAAACAGUCCAAUUGGCGCCGAAAGCAUGAAGAAUUCAUUGCCACCAUUCGUGCUGCAAAAGGUUUAGAUCAAGUCAUGAAAGAUGGCGGACCCCUCCCUCCACCCCCUCCUCCAUCCUAUGAUCCAGAUUAUAUCCAGUGUCCCUAUUGCCAGCGACGCUUCGGUGAGAAUGCGGCAGAUCGCCACAUCAAGUUCUGUAAAGAGCAAGCGUCCAGAAUUACCAACAAAGGCAAGUUUCCUGGGAGUGAUAAAGCCAAACCCCCACCCAGGACUCAGAGCAAACCUCCUCCACCAAAGAAGGCGACCUCUCCUGCUGUAUCCACCGUGUCUUCUCGUCUACCUCAGCGCUCAGCCUAUGUGCAGGGUCCGGGCACAGGUAUUCCUAGCUGCAAAACCUCAUCCACUGGCUCAGUGAGGAGUGUAUCAUCAGGAUUCUCUCCAUUACGAAACACCUCCUCUGGCUUGACCAGCCCUCCCACUGAAGGGAACAUGAAACCCAAGGGCAUGGUUUCACAAAGCUCGCUGAGAAGUCCACCUUCUGGUAUAGGGAUGAACAAGAAGAAGGUCCAGAAUGCAGGCAACUGUAUUUCAAGGAAUGAUGUGAAAAACGAAAAUGAAAUCACUUUUUCCACAAUGGGGACCAAGUUUUGUCAUGAGUGUGGGACCAGAUACCCCGUGGACUGGGCCAAGUUUUGCUGCGAGUGCGGGGUGAAACGAAUGAACAUUUAAGCACAUAUAAAAGUAAGACUGACCCACUGUAGCCGCAGAUACAUGAUUUUCUUGUGAUGUAGAAAUAUUUCACUUGUAAUCUGCUUCAAUUUCUAUAGAAAGAAUCCCAUCCCAACCUUCUGCUCAGUUUUUAUUUUUAUUUUUUAUGAUUUGUUACUGAUACAAAAGGAGUAAUGUUAUCUCAAUUAUAGUUAUGAUUAAAAUAUUGAUACAAUAAAUUGACUUGAUCUAGGCCUUAAAAUGGGUCCAUAUCACUCGUAAAAUGCAAAUAUUAUGUUAACAUUAUUGUAGUGUCAUUUUGAGGGAAUUUAAAUGCUCUAAUUUUUAUUUAAAAAACAUAAAUUCAAGGUUAAAAAUGUUAAAUGCAUUGACAACAGUUCUUUCGCUGAGCAAUUCAUUUUCGUAUUUCACUUUGUUUUUAUACGCUCUUGAUUGUUUUGUGUUUUAAACAGUAUUGAACAAGAAAAUGACGAAGAAAUCGUUGUCGUAUAUUUAUUAGGCAUACAAUCCAUCACAUCUGUUUCAACAUUCGUUGAUCUAGUCUGCCCAACAUAUAUACACAUCAACACAACAUACAAAACUUAAAGGCGACUGCAAUGUCAUGUCACAUUCUUCAAGAGCAUCCACCACAUUACAACCUCCCGAAAAAGUAGCUUUACAAUGGUAUUUUAUUGCUUCCAAGCCUUUAAGCUUUAUCACUGCUGGUCCAGGAUGAGAGAGGUCGAGGAGUUGGUGGCUGUUUGCCGAUCUCAAGCUCAUAUGCAUUUCAAGCAUCACUCUGCACUUAGUUAUGCUUGUAUUACUGCUUCUCUAGCAGUAAAUAUAGCUUAUGAAUACCUGUUUUUGGGAUUGUGACAAAUUUUGCUGUUAAAGGAUAAAAUGGUUCAAAUGGAUUGAACUUAUCUUGCAUAAAUAAAGUGGAAACCUAAAUCA